AUGGUGGCACUAUCGAAGGUUGUCCUUGUCCUGUGUGCGGCGACGCAAGCGGCCGCGGCGUGGACCAACUGGGACACGCGUCAAGCAUGUUAUCCCACGAAAGACGUCAGUCCUGCGUCUGUGGUGGAGCUCCAAGCAGCCGUCAAGGCGGCAACGAGUCUCCGUGUCGCGGGUGCAGGUCACUCGUUCUCGCCCAUCGUGUUAACCAACGCGACCCUUAUCACGCUCAACAACUACGCAUCCGUCGUAUCGUUCGACACCACCACCAUCACCGUCCAAGCCGGCAUGCCUCUGUACGCAAUCAACUCGUACCUUGAAACCAGACGUCGUGCGUUGCCGAAUCUCGGCGCCGUGGCCGUUCAAACUGCCGCCGGCGCCACCCAGACAGGAACCCACGGCACGGGCAAGACGGGCAGCAUCUCGUCGGGAAUCGUCGGGAUGGACUUGAUUGCUGCCAACGGAACCAUCCUCACGCUCAAGUCUGGCUCGCCGCUUCUGGAUGCCGCGCGAGUGGGCAUGGGGGCGUUGGGUGUCGUGAGCACCAUCACAUUCCAGCACGUUCCCAUUUGGCGCAUGGAGCAAAUCACGUUUACGCUGUCCCUGGCUUCGUUUCAGCAAAACCUCCGCCUCUUGCAAGCGGUACAUUCAUCAUAUAUGUCCGGUCAUCGCUUAUCUUUGUCAUGUAGACCGACAACGCAGUCUGUGACGGUUAUCCUCCGCGUAAACACAACCAGAGCAGUGACCGCGGCGGGGGGAUGCUGGGGCGGCCGCUCGGCAGCGCCAACGUCGCCGCCGCCGCUCGGCUGGUCGAGAUGGCCGGCGGGGGCGUAUGCAUGCAUCGACGUCAGCUACAAGACGUUGGGCGUCGACGGCAGGAACAACAUGAUUGGUGGGUUGUUCACUGAGACCGAGCUCAUGAUCGGCGCCGACAACGAUCUGCAAGCCCUUACGGAGCUCCUGGCGGUGCAUAAAACGUUGUCGCAUUCGACAUUGGUGACGCUGUUCCUCGGGAUGCGGUACGUUGAACCGGACAACGGGUGGUUGUCCCCGUUCUACAACCGUCGGACGGUGGUUGUGUCGUCGAUAGUGUACCACAGCACAACGUCGUCGCAGUUUGCGGCGGAGAUCGCGCCUCUCCAUCAAGCGAUGCACCGCGCACUGGCCAAGUACGACGCCCGGCCCCAUCCAGGAAAGAACAACUACUUCAACGCAACCGACAUGCGACGGGUGUACCCCAAAUUUCAAGCCUUUGUUCAGUUGCAAACAUCGCUGGAUCCCACAUCCAAGUUUGUGAAUCCAUAUAUAAGCAAGUUGCUGCACGGGCCAAGCAACUCGUAG